AUGAUCAAGACGCGUCUCAACUCGAUAUUUAAGCAAACAGUGUUAUCAUCACUAAUAAAUCAUUCACAUUUAACUAAAUCAACAAACACACCAUUUUUCAAUACAGUAUUUCCUUCGUCAACCAAGCGCUACUUUUCUACUUGUCUUGCACACUCAACUCUACCUGCUUUUCAAAGAAGAUUAGCAACAUCAAUAAUGAAACGUGCUUCAAGCAGCACCGCUACCGCAAAAAAAACACGUGUAACUAAAAAGCCUCGAACUACAGAGGUAACUGAUGAACCGCUAAAAAUAACAGAGAUUGUUGAUGCGGAAAAUGUUUCGGAGGGUGAGGUGGCUAUAAAAUCUCGAGCUAAAAAAGCCACUUCAAAAACCACUAAAAAAUCGACUACAACCGCCAAGAGAGCCAUUGCAAAACCCCGGAAAACUACUACCAGGAAAACUGCUACAACCACUACUGGCAAAGGAAAGAAAAAACAGGUAACUGAACAGAUCACAGAUGAAAAUGAAUUCAUUGAAGCUGUCGAAGACACGGAAAUGGAGGAGGCUUUCCCACAUGGAGAAAGUCAAUCCGAAGGAGAAGACCAUGCGUUUAACCAAGACAAGGCUAUUGAAGAUAUUUAUCAGAAAAAGACCCAAUUGGAACAUAUCUUGUUGCGUCCUGACUCUUAUAUCGGUUCCGUGGAGGCUACUACUCAACCUUUGUGGAUCUUUGAUUCAGAAACGAAUAAACUCGCGUAUAAAGAGGUCAAAUAUGUUCCUGGCUUCUACAAAAUCAUCGAUGAGCUCCUUGUUAAUGCUGCUGAUAAUAAGUCUCGAGAUCCAAAGAUGAAUACUAUAAAAAUUAAUGUAGAUCGAGCAAAUAAUACGAUAUCCGUUUACAACAAUGGUCGUGGUAUUCCGAUAGAAAUUCACAAAACUGAAAAUAUGUACGUCCCAGAACUGAUUUUUGGUCAUUUGCUGACAUCCUCUAAUUACGAUGAUAAAGAGCAAAAAACAACUGGUGGAAGAAAUGGUUUUGGCGCCAAACUCGCAAACAUUUACAGUAACGAAUUCACCGUUGAGACCGGCGACAAAAGCACCAAAAAGAAAUAUCAACAAGUGUUUAGUAAGAACAUGAGCGUGAUAGGGUCGCCCGAGAUCACUGAUCUGAAAUGCGAAGAAUUCACACGGAUCACAUUUAAGCCCGAUCUCGAAAAAUUCAAAUUGACAGAAAUUGAUGAUGAUUUCGAGGCUUUGUUGAAAAAGCGCGCAUAUGAUAUGGCUGGAAUUCUGCCCAAAGUCAAUGUCGUUUUUAAUAAUGAGAAAAUAAGUAUCAAGGGUUUCAAGGAUUAUAUUCAACUGUAUCUUGACGCGCACAGUGAAGAAGGUGAAGAAGUCCAGUUCAUUUAUGAAGCACCGAAUGAGCGAUGGGAAAUUGGUUUCGCGCCAAGUGAUGGUCAAUUCAAACAAGUCAGUUUUGUCAAUAGCAUUUGCACUUCAAGAGGUGGCACGCAUGUGGAAUACAUCGCUAAUCAAAUAAUCAACAGAUUAGCUGAUGCCAUCAAGAAGAAAACUAAUAGGAAGGAACCCAUCAAAAAGCAAUUUAUAAAAUCGAAUAUUUGGAUUUUCGUCAAUUGUAAAAUUGUAAACCCUUCGUUUGAUUCACAAACAAAAGAAACCCUGACCACGGGUCAAGCUAAAUUCGGCUCAACUUGCGAACUCAGUGAUGCUUUCAUGAAAAAAAUUCUCAGUUCCAAGGUAAUUGAAAAUAUCGCUUCAUUUUUAUCACGUAAAGACGAAGCAGCACUUAAGAAGACCGACGGGCAUAAAAAAUCGAAGCUUAAUAUACCGAAACUUGACGAUGCCAAUGAUGCUGGAACAAAAGACGGAAAAUACUGUACUCUUAUUUUGACCGAAGGUGAUUCCGCAAAGACAAUCGUUACUCAGGGUAUUUCAGUGGUUGGAAGUGAUCGAUAUGGCGUGUUCCCCCUUCGUGGAAAGCUGUUAAAUGUUCGCGAAACUGCUUCGAGUACUGUCGUAAAAAAUGUAGAAAUUACCAACAUUAAACAGAUUCUUGGCCUGAAAACUGGCACAGAGUACAACUCGGUAAACAAUUUACGAUACGGCUCAUUGAUGAUUAUGACUGACCAGGAUCACGAUGGUUCCCAUAUCAAAGGGCUUAUCAUCAACUUCUUGGAUCAUUUUUUCCCUUCCUUGCUCAAGAUUCCUAAUUUCCUUUUGGAAUUUAUUACUCCUAUUGUCAAGGGAUUGGGAACAAACACGAAACAGGAUGCACAGGCUUAUUUCGGGGAUUUGGAACGUCAUCGAAAGCCAUUUGAACCUAUUCAGGAUCAAGAAAGAGAUUUAAUUGAUAUGGCUUUCAACAAGAAAAAAGCAGAUGAACGCAAAGAAUGGCUGAGUAAAUUUAGACCUGGAACUUUCAUCGAUCAUAGCGCCAACACAAUUUCGAUCGAGAACUUCGUGAAUCAAGAAUUAAUUCUUUUUAGUAUGGCCGAUAAUGCUCGGUCGAUUCCCUCUGUUGUUGAUGGUUUAAAGCCUGGUCAGCGAAAAGUUUUGUACGGUUGUUUCAAGAGAAAUCUCAAGGGCGAAAUUAAGGUCGCGCAAUUAGCUGGUUACGUGGCCGAGCAUUCCGCUUAUCAUCACGGCGAAACAAGUCUUGUCUCAACGAUUGUUAAUUUGGCUCAUGAUUUUGUCGGAUCUAAUAAUCUCAAUCUACUAUUACCAAAGGGUACCUUUGGCUCGAGACUUAUGGGCGGUAAAGAUGCCGCGCAAGCUCGUUAUAUUUUCACACAACCUUCAAAAUUACUCAAGCUUGUGUUCAAUUCUACCGAUCAUAAUCUUGUAAAAUACUUGAAUGAUGAUGGGCAAAACAUUGAACCUGAAUGGUAUAUUCCUAUUUUGCCAAUGGUUCUUGUUAACGGUUGCAGUGGUAUCGGAACAGGAUGGAGUUCUGAUAUCCCCAAUUAUAAUCCUCGAGAUAUCAUUGAUAAUAUCCGACGAUUAAUGAAUAAAGAAGAGAUGGUUCCGAUGCAUCCAUGGUACCGUGGAUUCAAGGGUGAAAUCGUGAAGGAAAAUGCAAACAGAUACAGAAUUCAUGGCAUUAUCAACAAAAUAGACGAUACAACACUCGAGAUACUGGAAUUACCAAUUGGUGUUUGGACUACAAACUAUAAAGAGAGCUUGAGUAAGAUGUGUGAUGAAGGGUUCAUUAAUGAUUACAAAAGCUACCAUAGUUCCGAGACUGUGUGCAUUAUUGUAACACUCUCACCUGAGAAUAUGGCAAAAGCAGAGACGGAAGGUCUUGAGAAUACAUUCAAACUCUCUAAAUCUUUAACUACCUCGAACAUGGUCUGCUUUGAUCCGGAGGGUCGACUACGAAAAUACAACACUGAUUACUUGUUGAGAGAUCUAGAAGAACAAUGUGAGCGAUUAGAAAACAAGUAUCGUUUCGUCACUAUGAUAAUUGACGGACAGCUUGAAAUCAAAAACAAAAAGCACGCAGAGGUGGUCGCACUAUUAGAUCAUCACAAAUUUAGGCGGUUUGAGAACACUCAAAAGAAUCAUGCGCAAUCGUCGACUACUUCCACUGAUGACGAAGAAAACGAGGAAGAGAAUGAUAAUGGUCUUGGUUAUGAUUACUUACUGACUAUGCCUAUUCGAAGUAUUACCUAUGAAAGGGCGAAAAAACUUAAAGAAGAACGUGAUCAAAAAAAUGAGGAGAUGAAUUCUCUUCGAGGGCUUUCUGCUAAGGAUUUGUGGAAUAAUGAUUUGGAGGCAUUCUUGAUCGAGUGGGAUAAAUUUGUCGAAGAAAAAGAAGCAGAAGCUCAAUCCGAGCCUUUAAUAACCAACUCCAGCUCAAAAGCUAAAAGCCGAAAAACAUCAAAGGCUGCAUCAGUCAAAAAUAAUAACAGUACCACUCAAGUUGCAUCAGUCAAAAAUAACAACAGUGCCACCCAAGUUGCAUCCGUCAAAAAUAACAACAGUACCGCUCAAAAGAACAUCGAUUCAUAUUUCCAAAAGCCAAAUAAUUCAAAGUCAACAACAGCAUCUUCCGAAGAAACAAAGCCAUUAAAUUUUGACUUUGAUUAUGACUUCGAUAGCGUUGACACUACGACUAGCACGAAAGGGAAAGAAAAGGCUGUGGAGCUGUUGCCGGAACCGGCCCCAGCCACUAAAGCAUCAAGCAAAGGAAAGUCGAAAGCCGUGAAUCCUCCAAACGAUGAAGAUGAGGAGGAAGCCAAUAAAGGAGCAAUUGACAAUGGAAAUAAAAAGGCGAAUCAUGCCGUGUCAGCUCAAAGAAAUCUUCGCCAAC